AGUUGAAGAUCAGAUGAGGAGUUUCUUUCUUUGUGUUGUGGCGCCCUGCUCUACUGCUUUCAUCUGAACCACUGGGUUAUAGAGAUCAUUACUAACCUGAAGCUUUGUGAAUAUCAACAGAGACAAACUCCAGCAAGCUGGACAUCAUGGAAGAUGGUAAUGAUUCUUCAGAGGGAGCUUAUUGGUGGCAUGACGCCUUCGAAGAGUACACGUCUGAGUACCCGUGGGAAAACUAUUCCUAUUACCAAGAUGACUGUUGUGAGGGGGGUUACAAUUGUGACCUGAAUGAAGUUUGGAAGUUUGAGGCGCUGUUCAUGCCCAUUGUUCUCUCACUGACAUUUGCUGUGGGAAUCCCGGGAAAUGGACUCCUGGUUGGCGUUCUCCUCAGGAGGUGGAGGACUUGGAGUGUGGCAGACAUCUUCAUCCUUCACCUGGGAAUUGCAGAUAUCCUGCUGAUGGUGACCCUGCCCCUCUGGGCUGUCCAGUAUGCUGAUGAAUGGAAAUUUGGUCUUCUAACCUGCAAAAUGGCUGGAAGUCUUUAUACGGUCAACUUCUACAGUGGGAUCUUUCUCCUGGUCUGCAUUAGUCUGGACCGUUACUUCUCACUUGUCCAUGCUACCCAGAUGUACUCUCGCAGAAAGCCCUGGGUUGUUCAUGUCAGCUGUUUGGUGGUGUGGCUUUUCUCUUUGCUUCUCUCCAUUCCUGAUUGGAUCUUUUUGGAUGUUGCGCAAGAUAGACAGGGAAGACAACAGUGUUUUCGCAACUAUACAAUUCAAGACAUGGAUGAAUGGAUUGUGACAUCUCGAUCAAUCUUUCACACAGUAGGUUUUUUGAUUCCCUCAGUUGUCCUGAUCUUCUGCUACGCCAGCAUCUUCCACAGGCUACGCUCUGGGAACCAAAAUCUCCAAAAGCAGAGAGCUUGUAAAGUCAUAAUGGCUGUUGUGGCGGUUUUCUUCGUCUGCUGGACCCCCUUUAACAUCAGCCUGUUUGUUGAAACAAUUCAUCGCAGAAAUCAAAAUAACACCUGUCAAAGUAAUGCAGCACUGAGUAAAGCACUCAAAGUGACCCAGUCUUUCGGAUACAUCCAUUGCAGCCUCAAUCCCAUCCUGUACGCCUUCUUGGGGGAGAAGUUUCAGCUCCAGCUGCGUGACAUCUUUUUAGGUGGAAAGUUUUUAAUGUAAAUAUGAGUAAUUAGUUUGAUAAUUUUGUGAAAUGACAGUAAUAGUAAAAAUGGAUUUGAUUUAUCUGCGCUUUUCCAGACGGUUAAAGUGUUUACAAUGCGUCCAUUAAUCAUUCGCUCCUCAUUCAUACAUGGUGAUGACAGAGGGGUUGGUGCCAGUUCGUGCCUAUGGCCCCUCUGACCAUCACCGUGUCAUUCAUACACCAGUGGAGCCACACUGGAGGCAGUGUUUUGCCCAAGGACACAACAUGUGACUGGGGAUCGAACCACCAACCCUUCGAUCAUUGGAUGACCUGCUCAACCACCUGAGCCUCUGCAGAAAUUAUUCUAGGUUGUUGUGAAAGUGUAAAAUCUAUGUAUUUUGUGCUUAUGGACCCCAGAGAGACUAACGACCACUGAAGGGGUUCCAAAAAACCAAAAGUCUUUACUUGCAUUUCUAAUACUGUAUAUACCUUUUUUUAAGCAUUCAUCCCUGCAAGAGCCAUUGUGUGGAAUAUGGAAUAAAUGUGUGUAUAAAA